GUUGGUCACACUAGCAAGCAUGUUGAGUUUAUCAUUCCGGGUGUUUUGAUUUUGUUCGGAAUUCUUGGUUUUUUUCCAAGAGAGUUAUGUCCCUGGUGCCAGAAGCCUCUACCUCGAGAGCGCCCAAGUACUGCUACUUCUUCAAGACCCUGCUGGUGGAGGAACUGGAGCUGGAAACUUCCUACCACAACCUGCACUACGGUCAGUGCGCAUUAAUUGGACGUCUGGCGUUCAAGGCGAAUCAGUACCGCCUAGAAAACGUGCGCGUUAAGUGUUUGCCAAAGAAGUACUCCUUGGGCGAGGGCACCGUAUCCUUGCUUAUUCUUGGCCUUACCCAUGACAAAGUCGUCGAAAAUCGCGUGAGUACCGGCCGCUACUGCAUUGUGCGUGGUGAAGUGGUGCUACAUAAUGUGCAGCAUCCCAAAGGUGCCAAACUGACCGCCGGCGGUGUCUACGACAAGAUCAAUAGUCUGUCCAACGAUCCGUUGGCCCAAAAACAGUAUCUCAGCGCGCUACUUGCCACCUACAGACCGGCCAUCGACUUAUGGUACAUCCAGGUCAUCGACAGAGCCGAGGACUUGCUGACUCGCAGGCUGGAGAUGAGAAGUCUGAUCGAGAAAUGAACACACACCACCUGACCACCUCGCGAACCAAUCCGCAGUUCUAUAUAUUCAGUCAGCUCUUUGGUAACGAUUUCGACUGGAAUAAUUGCAAUUGGGGGGGCAUUCAAAACGUUACCUGGAAAGAAUUCUGGCAGCGUGAGGGGCAUGAGCUGCUCGAGCAAAAGUGGCACAAGCGGUUUCCCGAAUACAAAGAUCUUAUCGAGGUGGUUUCGUCGGAGGAGCAAGGCCUUUGGCAGGAACUGUGGGAGAAGCACGCCAGCGAUUACAGUGAAAAGUUCUGGUAUAUAUUUAGCUGUGCCUUUGAGAACUACCAACACGAUUUGGCCAAAUCAUUUGGCCUUGACGUCGCUGAAAACUCAGAAGAUGUUGAGGAGGACUUGCAGAACCUAAGCCUUACAAAUAAGCCAAUAAAAUCGAAACAGCAAAGGGUCACAGAGAAAGAGGAGGACGAAUCAUACUUGACUGCCAACGACGAUCCCGAGGAUUGUGACGAGGAACAACAGCUGCGCCUUCUCGGAUUGCCAACAUCAUUUGCGUCGAAGGCAGAUAUAAUUAAUUAUAGAAAGGAAAGAAAGACACAGUACGAACUAUCUAGCAGCGAUAGCGAGGACGAUCAUGAUCUGUUGACCAUGGAGAACAACGAAAACGAGGCUCUGCACGGCGUUCAGAGCGGUUCUGUUAAAAAGAAAAAACGACGGCAAAGGCAAAUAAAAAAACUCAAGGCCAGGAUGCCAGAGUGCAUGCAAGAGGAUAACAACAAAAUGGUCAAGUACUGGGUCAAGCGAUUCUCGCUGUUCUCCCGCUUCGAUCAGGGCAUUCGGCUGGACCGCGAGAGCUGGUUCUCGGUGACACCCGAGAAGAUUGCCAAACAAACGGCCCGACGACUGGCCUGCGACGUGAUCGUAGAUGCUUUCUGUGGAUGCGGCGGCAAUGCCAUUCAGUUUGCAAACACCUGUGGACGCGUAAUUGCUGUGGACAUCGAUGCCGAGAAGUUGGCCAUGGCCAAGCAUAAUGCCGGCAUUUAUGGUGUGGCCCAUAAGAUCGAGUUUAUCCACGCCGAUUUUCUGCAGUUUGCGGCCAGCACAAAGCUGCGCCCAAAUGUGGUUUUCCUGAGCCCUCCGUGGGGUGGUCCUGACUACCAAAAGCAGGCCACCUUUGAUAUCGAAACAGGUCUCCUGCCCGUGGGUGCUAGCCAACUGAUGCAGCUGUCCCGUAGCCUGGCAUCUGACGUAGCUUUCUUUCUGCCACGCAACGCCAAUAUGAAGCAGGUGGUCGCUCUAAGUGGAGUUGGGCAGCAGUGCGAGGUGGAGCACAACUAUCUGGACACCCGAAUGGUUGCGCUCACUGCUUAUUAUGGUAAAGGAAUCAUAAAGGGUUCAGUGGGAGAAGAUGAGUAGGAUUCGAUUGAGAGUAAUUUUAAUAACAUCAUUGUUUUUAUAUAAAUAAAUAUAUUUAAUUUCAUACAU